AUGCGCACUCGGCAGUGCGUGGUCGCAGGCGAGCGCCGCGCCGACCCGGCCGGAGCUGCGGCGAGUGCACAUAAUACAGCCCCCGGCUUCCAGGACGAGGAGGAAGAAAACGAAGAAGUUUUUAAAGUAAAGAAGUCAAGUUACAGCAAAAAGAUAGUUAAAUUGCUUAAGAAAGAGUACAAAGAAGAUCUUGAAAAAUCAAAGAUCAAGACAGAACUCAGCACAGCAGUUGACAAUGAGCAGCCUCUGGACAAAGCGUGCCAUGUUAAGGACGCAAACCAAGAAGACGGAGUUCUCGUCGGUGACCAUGGUGAGGAUGAGAUGGACAUGGAGAGCGAGAAGGAGGAGGAGAAGCCCAAGGCGGGGGGCGCCUUCUCAAAUGCUUUGUCGUCUUUGAAUGUUCUUCGUCCAGGAGAAAUUCCAGAUGCAGCUUUCAUACAUGCUGCAAGAAAAAAGCGCCAGAUGGCCCGGGAACUGGGAGAUUUCACUCCUCAUGAUAAUGAGCCUGGUAAAGGCCGCCUUGUCCGAGAGGAUGAGAACGAUGCCAGCGAUGAUGAGGAUGAUGACGAGAAACGCCGGAUAGUUUUUUCUGUGAAAGAAAAGUCACAGAGACAGAAGAUUGCCGAAGAAAUAGGUAUUGAGGGGAGUGACGAUGAUGCUUUAGUAACUGGAGAACAAGACGAAGAGCUCAGCCGGUGGGAGCAGGAGCAGAUUAGAAAAGGAAUUAAUAUUCCUCAGGUUCAAGCAAGUCAGCCCACUGAAGUGAAUAUGUACUACCAGAACACUUACCAGACAAUGCCUUACGGUGCAUCCUAUGGCAUACCUUAUAGUUACACAGCCUAUGGAUCAUCAGAUGCCAAGUCUCAAAAAACAGAUAACACAGUCCCUUUCAAAACUCCCAGUAAUGAGAUGGCUCCCGUUACUAUUGAUUUGGUAAAGAAACAGCUUAAAGACAGGUUGGACUCCAUGAAAGAAUUACACAAAACCAAUCGACAGCAGCAUGAGAAACACCUGCAAAGCCGAGUGGACUCCACCAGGGCUAUUGAGAGAUUAGAAGGGUCUUCUGGGGGUAUUGGUGAACGGUAUAAAUUUUUGCAAGAAAUGCGAGGGUAUGUCCAAGACUUGCUUGAGUGUUUCAGUGAAAAGGUGCCACUGAUUAAUGAACUUGAAUCAGCAAUACAUCAGCUGUACAAACAGCGAGCUUCCCGCCUUGUCCAAAGACGACAAGAUGAUAUUAAAGAUGAAUCUUCGGAGUUUUCAAGCCAUUCAAAUAAAGCUUUGAUGGCACCAAACCUUGAUUCCUUUGGCCGCGAUCGGGCACUGUAUCAAGAACAUGCAAAACGUCGGAUUGCAGAGCGGGAGGCCAGGAGGACUCGCCGUAGGCAAGCCAGAGAGCAAACCGGUAAGAUGGCAGAUCACCUUGAAGGCCUUUCCAGCGAUGAUGAGGAGACGUCCACAGACAUUACUAAUUUCAACCUGGAGAAAGAUCGCAUUUUGAAAGAAUCCAGCAAAGUUUUUGAAGAUGUCCUUGAGAGUUUCUAUUCAAUUGACUGCAUUAAAGCACAGUUUGAAGCAUGGCGUUCAAAAUACUACACGUCCUAUAAGGAUGCUUACAUUGGUCUCUGUUUGCCAAAAUUGUUCAAUCCUCUCAUCAGACUGCAGCUCCUCACUUGGACUCCUCUUGAGGCAAAAUGCUGUGACUUUGAAUAUAUGCUGUGGUUUGAGUCUCUGCUCUUCUAUGGUUGUGAAGAACGAGAACAAGAGAAGGACGAUGUUGAUGUUGCUCUGUUGCCCACCAUUGUGGAGAAGGUGAUUCUUCCCAAGCUGACAGUGAUCGCUGAAAACAUGUGGGAUCCUUUUUCUACAACACAGACUUCAAGAAUGGUUGGAAUCACACUAAAAUUGAUAAAUGGCUAUCCUUCAGUAGUCAAUGCAGAAAAUAAAAACACACAGGUAUACCUUAAAGCACUUUUAUUGAGGAUGAGAAGAACUUUAGAUGAUGAUGUAUUUAUGCCCUUAUAUCCUAAAAAUGUCUUAGAAAAUAAAAAUUCUGGGCCUUACUUAUUUUUUCAACGUCAAUUUUGGUCUUCUGUCAAGCUAUUGGGAAAUUUCCUUCAGUGGUAUGGCAUUUUCUCAAACAAAACUCUUCAGGAGUUGUCAAUAGAUGGCUUGUUAAAUAGAUACAUUCUCAUGGCUUUUCAGAAUUCAGAAUAUGGAGAUGACAGCAUCAAAAAAGCCCAAAAUGUAAUCAACUGUUUCCCUAAGCAGUGGUUUGUGAAUCUGAAAGGAGAAAGAACUAUUUCUCAGUUAGAAAAUUUUUGCCGAUAUCUUGUACAUUUAGCAGAUACAAUUUACAGGAACAGUAUUGGGUGCUCUGAUGUGGAAAAAAGAAAUGCAAGAGAAAACAUAAAACAGAUAGUAAAACUUCUUGCAAGUGUUCGGGCUUUGGAUCAUGCUGUGUCUGUUGCAAGUGACCACAAUGUGAAAGAACUCAAGUCUCUGGUGGAAGGAAAAUAGCUCGAUGAGACCCAAGUGUUUGCUUUGCCCAUUCCCAGUGUGUAAAUUUGUAUAUAUGUAAAGUUUCUUAAACUGUAAAAUACUGAUUCUUGUUUAAAUACAAAAACAUUAUAUUA